AUGGCAGAACAAGCUUCUAUUCCUCCGUCUGCAAGUCAUUUGCGACAACCGAAAAAGAGAUUUGUUGGACGACGCACUGCUCAGGCGCAGAAGGAGACAGGUCCGGACCCUAAAGAUGUCGAGUCGACAGUUAUCCAGAAGGCUCCGAUGAGAAGGAACCCCCGAACUCUCAACCAAGUCCCUCCCGAAAUUCUCGAAGACCCCGAAAUCCAAGCCGCCAUAGACCUGCUCCCGAGGAACUAUUCCUUCGAAGUCCCCAAGACGAUCCACAGAAUAAGGUCCCUAGGUGCAAAGCGAGUGGCUCUUCAGUUUCCAGAGGGACUUCUAAUUUUCGCAACUACCAUCUCCGACAUCCUGACGCAGUUCUGUCCCGGCACAGAGACACUGAUAAUGGGAGACGUGACGUACGGAGCAUGCUGUAUAGACGAUUAUACUGCACGAGCAUUAGGAUGUGAUCUUCUAGUUCAUUAUGCACAUAGCUGCCUUAUUCCCGUGGACGUAACAACUAUCAAGACCCUUUAUAUAUUCGUGGAUAUCAGCAUCGACACCUCCCAUUUGCUCGCUACGCUGGAACGAAAUUUUCAACCGGGCAAGACGAUCGCCACGGUUGGAACAAUCCAGUUCAAUGCAACGCUGCACGGCCUGAAACCAGUUCUCGAACGGAAGGGUUUCAAUGUCGUCGUUCCCCAAAUAAUGCCACUUUCCAAGGGAGAAAUCCUGGGAUGCACAUCCCCCAAUCUCGCCGACAAAGACCAGAAUGUCGAUCUUAUACUAUAUCUUGGCGACGGCCGCUUCCAUCUCGAGUCUGCCAUGAUCCAUAAUCCUUCCAUUCCUGCAUAUCGCUAUGACCCGUAUUCCCGGAAAUUGUCCAGGGAGACGUACGACCAUGACGAAAUGCACUCUCUGCGCCGCGACGCCAUUAAUUCCGCCAAAAAAGCUCGGAAAUGGGGCAUCAUUCUUGGUUCCCUGGGUAGGCAGGGGAACCCAAACACCAUGGCCAUGAUCGAGAACUAUUUGCGUGAUCGUGACAUUCCCUUCGUUAAUCUCUUGCUCAGUGAGAUCUUUCCUGGGAAGCUUGCGUCAAUGGCGGACGUCGAGUGUUGGGUGCAGAUUGCUUGUCCUCGGCUGAGUAUUGAUUGGGGGUACGCAUUUCCGAGACCACUAUUGACGCCUUACGAGGCGUUGAUUGCUCUAGGUAUUAAAGAAGACUGGGAGACCGCGAAUCGCGGAGUGUAUCCGAUGGACUUUUACGCAAAGGAGGGAUUGGGAAGAAUACGUCCUGAACAGACCUUGCGCGGUACCGCUUGA